AUGGAGAAGCAGAAAAGUUUUUCAAUCAAGCCCGUUAGAUUCUUAGUGUUUUCUUUCACAGUAUCAUUUUUUGUAAUAUUUCUCAUAGUUUUAUCCGUUUGGGUCAUUAAAUCUACCCCUCCAUUUCAGCAAGAAAUUAUCUCAGAAAAUGUACAGGUUUUGGCUGAAUUGAACAGCAAUUCUUCAACAGAACCAAUUUUUGCAGGAACCCAUCUGAGGAAAGAUGAAUUUGCUGCUGAUUUUGCUAGUUUUGAAGGUGCUCAGAAAAGGAGGGGCAAUGAUUAUUUGUCUGGUAAUUUGUCUUUUACUUCAUUUAGAGCGAAUCUUACUUCAGAUAGUGUGGAUAUUUCAAAUAAGAGUAGAUUAUCAGUUGAUGAAUUUCAAGAAUUGGGUCAUGUAAUAUCCUCUAAAAGUAAAGCAUCUCAAGAUUUGAAAGAGGGAAUUGACAGAGAUGAUGGGGUACAUAGUAACGGGCAAGAACAUAUUUCGAAAGAUUCGAGUAAGAUUAAGAUUGAGGAGAAGAAUGAGAGAGGUUGUGAUAUUACGAAAGGUAGAUGGGUUUUUGAUGAAAGUUAUCCCUUGUACACAAACGUUUCUUGUCCAUUUAUAGAUGAAGGUUUUAAUUGUUUGGCUAAUGGAAGAAUGGACAAAGAUUACAUGAAAUGGAGAUGGCAGCCUCUAGAUUGUGAUAUUCCGAGGUUUAAUGCAACCAAAAUGCUUGAAUUAAUUAGAGGAAAGAGGCUAGUUUUCGUUGGUGAUUCACUUAACAGAAACCAAUGGGAGUCAAUGCUAUGUUUGUUGAUGGGAGCGGUUGUAGAUCCAAAGAAGGUUUACGAAACCCGUGGAAGGAAAAUAACCAAAGAGAGGGGAAAUUAUUGUUUCAAGUUUGUGGACUACCAGUGUACAGUUGAGUAUUAUGUAACACAUUUUAUAGUUCAUGAGAGUAAGGCUAGAAUAGGUAAGAAACGUGUGCAAACUUUGCGGAUUGAUACUAUAGAUAAAGGUUCGUCGAGAUGGAGGAGAGCUGAUAUUCUUGUUUUCAACACGGCACAUUGGUGGACUCAUCACAAAACAAAAGCCGGGAUUAAUUACUACCAAGAACACGAUCAAGUUUAUCCUCGUCUUGAUGCUUCAACAGCUUUUCAGAGAGCUUUAACGACCUGGGCGUCGUGGGUUGAUAGAUAUAUCAACCCACGUAAAACAAAAGUGUUCUUUAGAAGCUCAGCACCUUCUCAUUUCAGUGGAGGUCUAUGGAACUCAGGUGGCCACUGCAAAGAAGCUUUUCGACCCCUCAACGAGACUUUUGACAAUGGUUACCCGGAGAAAAAUGUGAUCGUGGAAGAGAUAAUAAGACAGAUGAAGACUCCCGUGACAUUCUUAAACAUAACACACAUAUCGGAUUAUAGAGUAGAUGGUCACCCGUCCAUAUACGGUCGAAACACUGAGAAGGGCAAGACAGGAGUUCAAGAUUGCAGUCACUGGUGUCUUCCUGGUGUACCUGAUACUUGGAACCAAUUGUUGUAUUUCUAUUUACAAUCAAAAAGGAAAGACAGUUUCGGAAUGUAG